ACUUUUGAUUACUUGGCACGCCUGUCAUCAGUGGCGUUUUAAGAUGACGGUUUCGGGGACUUUGUACACUCCAGAAGGAUAUCACAGGUCUUGGAGGGCCCAGAUUGCAGCUAAAUUUGGUGGUUGUACAUUAAAAAUAGUCAAUUUCAUUCCUGGUGUGACUAAUAAUGACAAGAAGUUCUUGGAUAAGUUCCCUCCCGCAACUGUUCCGGUUUUUGAAGCUGAUGACGGUACAUGCCUUUUCGAUGUGAAUGCCAUAGCCUAUUAUUUGGGGACCGACCAGCUGAGAGGUGGCAAAAACACACACUGCGUUACACAGUGGGUCAAUUAUGCAGAUAACAGCAUUCUGCCGUCUGUUGCUACUUGGGUUUAUCCUUGUCUUGGUAUUACCCAGUUUAACAAGCAGAACACGGAGAAAGCUAAGACUUGUCUUGCAUCUGUGCUCAAGUUUUUGAAUGAGCAGCUUAGUAAGAUGUAGGUGUUUAAUUUAUAAUCUUAGUUACAUUAGAACUUUCCUUGUUGGUGAUCGGUUGUCUCAAGCUGAUAUUACCGUCUUUACAGCUUUGCAUCCACUAUUUACCCAUGUUUAUGAGGAAAAUGAUAGGAAAUCUUAUCCUCAUGUUAUACGCUGGUAUACAACAAUUGCCAACCAACCAGAGGUUUUGAAUGUCGUUGGGACGUGCACGUUUUGUGUUAAGGCCGCUCAGUUUGAUGCCAAAAAAUACGCUGAGCUACAUAAAAAGGUAGGUCUGAAAUUACUAAAUAACAAAUGAAAGACUCAUGAGACCAACCAGCCAAAAGUAGCUACGAAAGAAAACCCCAAAUCGGAGGCUCCUGUUAAGAAGGAAAAACCUAAAAAUGACGACGAUUAUGCUGAUCUUUCAAAACCAAGCGAAAAUCUACUCGCAAGUCUCCCUCCUGGAAAGUUUAAUAUGGAUGCAUUCAAAAGAGUGUUCAGCAAUAUGGAUAAAGAAGAGGCAGUCUCAUAUUUCUGGGACAAUUUUGACCCAGAAGCUUAUUCUAUCUGGAGCUGCAGUUACUUGUUUUCUGACUCGCUAACGUUAUUAUUCAUGACUAGUAACUUGGUUGGGGGAUUUUUCCAACGAGCAGUGAAGAUGUCAAAAUAUGGUUUUGGCAUCAUGCGCAUCAUUGGCGAGGAUAGAAAUCAUACAAUCCAAGGUAUUUGGAUUUGGCGAGGAACUGGUUUGAUUUUCGAGUUGGAUGAAGAUUUGCAGGUAGAUUACGAGUCUUACGAAUGGAAAAAGUUGGAUCAUAAUUCAGAAAGUACCAAAGCUCUUGUUCAUGAAUACUUUACGUAUAAACCCGAAGACGGAAGACUCAAUCAAUACAAAGUAUUCAAAUGAAAAAUAAAGUAUUUUCUGGGUUAA